UGGUGGGAGAUCACGUUAGCAACACCAGCACGCGUGGAUUUUCUUGUCCAUACAGAAGUCAUACUAAGUUCGUACAUUGUCAGCGAGGUUCGUGGUGCGAUACACGGAGUGUCAAUUGAAAUAUUUUUCCGACGAGAUUUCUUCUACUACCGAUAAAAAUUAUUGUUUUAUUUAAACAGUGUGGUGCAGUGUAGUGGUAAUUUUUCUAAACUCACGAUGACCAUAGAAAUAAUGAAUAAACGAAUUCUUCAAGAAGCUAAACUCAACAACAACAACAACAUCGUCAAUGCGAGACCACCGAGACCAUCAGUGUGCCGAAGUCUAUUUGGUAAAGUCGACCACCAGGAAUCGAUGGAACUUCUCCAAAGAGAGCUUACAGCCAUAGCAGAAAAAGAUAGAAUAAAAUGGAAUUUCGACUUCAAGGAGGAAAAACCUCUGGAGGAAGUUAACUUCGUUUGGACACCAGUCAAACCAACCGAUAUUAUACCCAGACCUUAUGCUCUCGAACGAUUACCUUUUCUUCACGAGCACACUUGCAAAAACGCACCAAGUACAGAAUCGUCGAAACCACAAGUUACCAACACCAAAUUGAAACAAACAUCCAUAGAACAAUACAUCAAAAGUCGUAAACGAACGGCCAUCCAGUCAGAUAAACCGGCUACGAUAAAGAAAUUAAAAGAAACGUAGACACAUGUCAUUUCAAUAACAAGAGCAUAAGGCCUAAGCCAAAGCGUUGUAUAUUUAUAAUGUUAUCGGGUACGGUAUAAAUAAGUCAGUUAAUCGAUCAAUUCGCAAUUUUAAAAAAAAUUUAGGUACCCUUGCGUAAAAAAACUUAUCAUUUUUGGAUGAAUUUGGGUAUACAAAAUUGAAUCAUUUUUCGAUCGUGUUAACUAACUUAUGUCGUGCCUGUAUUAUUUUAUGGAAUAUUAUAUUUCUUUCUCUCUUUUUUUUUUUUGAUAUUAUUUAAUUUUAUUCAUUUUACCAGUGUUACCAUUAUCUUCUCUGCAUCUUUGUUGUUUUAUUCCUUUCUAUCAAUUCAUGGACCUACGUAGAUGGGUCAUUGUUCGUAUAUCUUUCAAGAAAAUCUCCAUUUCCACAAUAUUCGAAUCAAGAUAAUACCCCUCAGUUUUGUACCAUACCUAACGAUUAAUGUAAUAGGUAGUUCACGAUUUUAUAAACAAUUUUUUUCGUCGUCUAUUUUGUAUAUAAUAAUAACUAUUUUAUUUUGUGAUUAUUUUAAGGUACUGUGUUUCCCAUAAAAUAUUCGUAACUCGAGCUUAUUUCAUUUUCGAAGAGGGAUAUUUCAAAAUUCCAACAAAAUCGAAAAUUGAAUAAUGUAGGUUGUAACUCAUUCUCUUCUGUUUCCAAGUCAAUAUUGGACUUUUUCCCGACUAGAUUCGUUUGCAGCCUCAAAAGAAGCUGUAGAGAAAGCGAUUUGUUUUUGAACAUAUUUUUUCAUCAAUUUUUUUUCACCCACAUUUCCAAAAACUCGCCACCUUUGGUCUAUUGGACCAUUAAAAAAAUAACUUGAAAAAAUUUAGAAAAAGAGUUACAACCUACCUUGCUCAGUUUUUGAUUUUGAACAAAUUUUUCAUCUAAUUUCUCGCUUUGAAAAUGAAAAAGGUUGAAAUUUCUAAUAUUUACGUGAGCCACAGUAGAUCUCAUUAAUCGAUUAUUCAUUUCCUAUAAAAUUUUGUUUAGCUUAGUAGGUAUUUUUAUCAAUACUCUUGUAAAAGGAAUUUCGUUGCAGACAACCGAACGUUUGCAUGAUUUUUUCUCAUUGUUUAUUUUAUUAUUGAUUCUUUAUCGAAAACGAUGUUUUGAAAUAAAACAUGUUUUUUUUUCA